CUCUUUUUCCCCAACGUCGCCUCUUCUCUUGAAUCUCAUUCCUCAGAAAUCAACAUUCUUAAGAGCCAGCGUGUGGAAAUCCAUCCUGGCUUUCCGGAGUGUCUGUCUGCUGGCAAACUCGCCAUUCGACACCCGGUGAUUUGUCUUCGUGUAUUCCAACCAUUUGCGCCCACUUGCAUAGAUUCCGCUCUCCGGGCUUGAGCAUUUUCCAUUUCUCCCUAUUUUCCUAAUUUUUUUUCCUUCUCUUUUUCCCCCCUCCCAUUAUUUUCUGCCUGACCGUGUGACCACCUACCGUCCCUGUCGGGCCCCUGCGUUUCUCUCCGUACCCAUAUCAACUCGGAAUAUAUCACGCCGCCGCCGAACGCGCUUGUACAUCCUACUGGGAACACGUCUGUCAGCCUUACUCUAACUUGGGCACGCAUCACUAUUGCCCACCAUGCCGAAAAAAGGCAAGUCCGGUAGCAAACAAAAGAAUAAGAAGGUCAAGAACCAAGAGACCUCUGGGAAUCCGACACCUCAGCCGGACCCUUCUGCCAUCGAGAAAGAACAACAACUAGAACAACAAGAGACACCUCAGCCUGAGCUAUCUAUCCCCGAGCCAGAACAACAACCAGAGCAGCGGGAACAACAGCCAGAGAGUGAGACACCUCAACCAGAGCUCCCCACCCCGGAGCAAGAGGGUGAGCCAGAGGGCCAGCAAGACCCGCAGCUAGAGACCCAGCAGCCCGAGGUCCCCACUCAAGAGCCAGAGCCAGAGCCAGUGCCAGAAGCAGAACCGCAGCAAGUAGAACCACAAGACCAAGAGCCACUGACAGCUCAGCUCGGGGAGACCCCCGAACCAGCAGAACAACAAGAGGGUCUGCAAGAACAGCAAGACAUACAACCUGACGAGCAGCAACACGAAGAACCACCUACUGAAGCUCACGCUGAACCUCGAACUGAAGCUGUGGCUGAAGCUGACGCCGCAGCCGAAGCGCCGGUCGAAUCGCAGCCAGCCGAAGCAGAGCCGGUGUCUGAAACCGUACCAGAACCUGCACUAGAACCGGAACUGGAGCAACCACAGGCUGUCGUCGAGCAAGACUCGACUGUGCCCGUAGACGAGGCGCCAGUCCAGUCGCCGGUGAACGACGAGGGUGGGUUCGAGCAACCAGCCAGUGAUGAGCCCGCCCCGAUCGAGCAGCCGGACGUGAAUGAUGCGCAGACCUAUUUCGAACAACCACCAGAGUCGAGCUUGGAGGAAAUAGGCACAUCGGAGCAACACGCGGGAGACGCUGAAGUGAACCACGAGAACAACCCUUUCCUAGCGGAGCCUAACGCCACUGCUGAAACAUACGAGGAGACGCCAGUCACAGCACCACAGACACCGCUCGAUUCUUCAUUUGUCCCGGCCCCAUCGUCAGACCCGUUUGAGGAACCACAGCCUCCGGCGGAAAGUCAAUUCGUGGCAGCAUCGCCUCGCUCCAACGCCGGAGUUCCAGAGAUUGACUCGCAUAUUCCUGCAAUGUCUGAGCCCUUUGCGGACGCCGUGUACGCCCAGCCUACUCCUCUGUCUGAUUCGUUUGCCCCGUCAACCACUCCGUCCAUCUCGAAGCCUGCUUCUCCGAUUCCCCAAGUGGGUUCACCCAUUCAGCGAACCGCAUCACCGUCCUUCAAGUCCAUUUCGCCUGCUCCGCAGAGCGCAGCUGCUACACCACGUGCCACUUCACCUGUGCACCAAUCUGCGUCCCCAGUUCGGGCUUACGCUUCUCCUGUGCAACAGUAUACCUCGCCGAUGGCCCAACCCGCCUCGCCAGUACGGGAAGCUACGGUUCCGUCUCAAAGGAGCUCCUCUCCCACACCGCCAGCCGCUUCUCCUGUAUUUCAAUCAGCUUCACCCGCCGUGCAACCAAUUUCUCCAGUGCAGAAGGUUGCAUCACCCGUGCAAAAGACCGUAUCACCUGUCCAGAAACACGUCUCUCCUGUCGCAAAGCCCGCUUCCCCUGUUCCGAAAGUCAGCAGUCCUCUCGCACGUGGGCACAUGUCUCCGAUGAUGUCCCCACAGACGGCUCCCCCGCCAAUGGCGGCGCGGAUGCCCCCUCAGUCUGCCAUCCCGCCAUAUCCCCCCUCUUAUCAUUCACCUAUCAUGAGUGCCAAUGGGUACUUGCCCCAGUACGCUUACUACCAACCCUCCCCGAACAUGCACCCCACCCCUCGGGGCUCCAUCGACCCUGGCUCGGCGGCUUCCUUCCAGGCCCUUCGAGACCUGGGCUUCGCCGCCAACGGCCAUGGCCUCAAUGGCAAAAUGGGCACGAUCUCGCCCCCCCAUGAACACCAUGAGGAACCCAUUGAGCUGCUUCAGAGGAUCCAGGAUGCCAUCCCCGACAUUGGCCGCUUGCUCAGCAGCUACAAGACCACCAAGGGCAAGCUGCAGGCGCGGGAGGCGGAGUUUAAGCAGAUGGAGAGUCAGCAUGAGCAGGCCUUGAUGCACAAAGACUUCUACAUCGAGGCCCUGCAGAAUCAGAUGCGGAAGACAGCCAAUGAGAGCGCGGAGGAGUCAACCAGGUUGAAGAACACUAUCAAUGAGCUUCGCAUGGAGCUGGGCAACCUGGAUGAGAAGACAAAGGACCUCGAGGAAAGGCUGCUUGAUACCGAGAAGGCCAAUGAUGAGCUUUCCCAGUCGAAAUCCGAGCUCGAGGAGAAGGUCCGGACCCUGAACACCAACCUCCAAGAGGCACAUGAGACCUAUGAUAGAGACAUGGAGACCGCCAGACAGGACAAGGCGGAUUCUCUCGCCACUCAGAAGCGGGAGCUGACGGAGAUGUUCGAGGAGAUCAAGGCGGAAGAUGAGAAAGCCGCAGCAGAAGCUCUAGCAGCACGCGAACGUGAAUUGCUUGACCAGCAGGAGGCGAUGAAGAACGACUACGAGAACCAGAAGCAACAGAUGCAGGAGGCGCAUGACGCACUGCAGGCCGAUUUCGACUCCAAGGUGACCGAGCUGGGCUCGACCAAGGAGGAACUUGACACCCGAACCAACGAACUCGCCGACAAGCAAAAGGAAUUGGAGAAGACGAUUGAGACGAAUGCCAGGGAGAUGGAGGAUCUCCGACAAGCCCACGCUAGCGAAGUCGAGUCCCUUAACAACAGCCACGCCGAAAAGGUGGCUGAGAUGGAGAAGGAACACAGUGACAAGCAGCAACAAUGGGCGGAUGAGAAGGCGGACUUGGAGACACGGCUUGCGGACAAGAUCCAGGCCUUGGAAUUCAGCGAGAAGGAGAACAAGAAACUGGAGGAGGACAAUGUUGUCAAGGAACAACAGGUCCAACAUGCGGUGGAUGGAAUGCGCCUCACAAUUGACAAUUUGGACAAAGAUUGCGAAAGGCUGAGAAAGACCCUUCACAGCCUUGGAGAAGCCACUGACCUCAAGAGCACGAAGGGUGAUUCUUUCUUGUAAGUGACCCAGUGCAUUGAGAAUGUGUUUUAGUACCCGACUUUCGUUUAUGACCUCUCCUCUUUUCAUUUCCUUUCCUAUUGCAUCAUCUAUCUUCGCCUUUUAAUUUCGACGUCAUGUUUGCUUUUGAUUCUGUUCUCUUCUUUUCUUCCUGCAUCAAACAGAACCAGACUACAAUCUUUUGUUCUCUUUUUCAUUUCCUUUGUCUGUCUCCUGUCCCUUUUUCUAUAGACUGAUCAUGAUGACUACGAUGACAUGUUGAUAACGCUAUAAAUGUACGUGCUCUGAUAAAUAUUCUCCCAACUCUAGUUUGGACUGUUUCGGCCAGCUUUCUCGGCUUAUUGUCUCCCUGUCCAAGGAGCACUUCUCGUACCUUCCCAUUGAUCCUCCCAAAGACAUUCUAUCCA